CAGCAGUGCGAAGGGAAGUGUGUCCUCCAUGGUGUCAUUGUAGGCUUGUCGAGGUUGAAUAUCCACACUUUUUAGAAAUGUCUGGCUACACACCAGACGAGAAGCUCCGCGUCGAGCAGCUGACAAAGCUCCGCCGGCAGUGGCUGAAGGACCAGGAGCUCAGCCCGAGGGAGCCCGUGCUACCAGCUAAACCUCUCGGCCCCAUCGCCAAGUUCUGGGCUGGCUUUCUGGAGCCCAAGAGCCUGUGGAGACUUUACACCUACAAAGCAUACAGAGGAGGAGUUUUCACAUUAACACGGGUGUUGCUACCUUUCUGGGCUGUUCAUUACUUCGUGAAGUACCACGUUUCAGAAAAGCCAUAUGGCAUCGUGGAAUUGAAACCCAGGCUGUUCCCAGGUGACACCAUUCUGGAGACGGGUGAAGUUGUUCCAGAUCUCCCUGAGAGCCAUGGUCAUCACUGAACCAGAAAUAUUUCAAUAAUUUCGACUUUCUGUUGUAAAAACUGUAUAUGCCAAUAAAUAUUCUAAAAUUC